AUGGGUGAACCUUUUAAGAACCAAUGGGCGCAGUUUGUUUUUUUUAAGACACGAAUGACCAUUAGUGAUGACAUAUUUCAAGAAACAUGGAUUCCACAAGCAAAAGCUUUGAAAGCUAGAGGCAUUAAUUCUAUUAUUCUCUCGCAGAAAAUAAAUGCCAAAAAUGACAUGACAGAUAUUGUUUUUAUGAGUAAAACGUGGUGGGAUGCAUUGAGUGCCUUCCAAAAAUCAUUUCCACAAGGAUGUGACACACCACCGUCUUUAUUAAACGAAAUGACAUGUUUGCUCAAAUUUAAGGUUGGUUGUUUUCGAGUACGAUCAACUAAGACAGCCAGUGGUGAAAUGGCAGAGAAUAGACACGAAGGCCUUGUAGAAGAUGAAAUAAAGGUUUUGAUGAUGAGAAAACAGCCAUUGCCGAAAAAGGAGUUAUUAACAACAGCUGAAAAUUUGAGCUCACUUAAAGGUUUUCAAAGUUACUGCAUUUAUGAGCUUGAAAAUGGUGCUUUCUCUGAAAUAGAAAAUGAUUUCUGCUCCUGUAUUAUUGAAGUUUUCAUUCAGAAAUACUUCAAGGAUGUUAUCAUGGAAGACAUAGAUGCAGGAGGGAAAUUUACAGGUUGGAAACUUGCUGUACAUGAGGACGUUGUGAAAUUCACAAUUUUAAAUGCCAAUGCUGUCAAUGCAGUAUACCUUAGAGUAGACAUUAAUACAAAUGACUAG